AUGACGGCGGUGAUGGCGGCGGUGGCCUCCGCGCUCCGGGCCUGGGCGGAGGCGGCGGCGCGGGCGGAGGAGACGGCCCGGACGGCUUUGGCGGCCUCGGCCCCGCUGCUGGGCGCGCUGGCGGCGCUGGCGGCACAGAUGCGUGCGGCGCGGCGGCUGCCGUGGGACGCGACGGCGCUCGGCGCCUUCCCAGAGCUGCGGGGGCGGCUGUGGCAGAAGCAGCGCGGCGCGGCAGAGGCGCUGCUGGAGCAGCUCGGAGGGCGGCGGGAGGAGCUCCGAGCCGUGCGGGACGCCGUGGGGACCGCUGCCACCGCUGUGCUGCGGCUGUACGAGGAGCGGGGAGCGGCCGAGCUGGGGCUGGCGGGGGUUCUGCGGCGUGGUCCGCGCUGCCCCUCGCUGGCCGACGUGUUGGAGGGGCUGCAAGACGUGGAACGCUACUACCGGCGCCUGUACUUGGAGAGCAAACUGCUUCUGCAGCGCCUCAGCUUAGACAGCCUGGCAGACGUGGAAGCCCUCCCUCAGUCCUGGGAGAGGAUUUUGGAGCGCUACAGAGAAGAUGGCGUUGUUCAAGAUACACUCCUGAAGGUCUCACUGUUUGUGGAGAACCAUCGGGAGGUGAGCUGUUCACCUGGAUCCUGACAAGGCAGCAGGGACUGGCACUGCCCAGCUUCUGGCAUAUUCUUUGAUGCUGCAAAGGGGAUGAUGAAUUGAGGGAGCUCUCCUGGUGCUUUUUGGAAGAUGAAUGAGUUGAGUCUUGGCCUCAGCAUGAAACGCUUGAACUGUGCCAUUUUCAAGUGGAAACAGCCUUGGUCUCUGAAGAAGAGGCUGAGCAGAAAAAGUCAUGAGGAUGGAAGGGAGUCACCUCCAGCUGUGGAAUUUGUCCUUUCCUUCUCCUGAGGUGGAUGUUUUGUAUCACAGAAAAAAUGUUGACACUUACUUACAUGAGAUGCUGCAGAUGUGUAACAGACACAGGCUGAUGCCCUGAAAGAUACUUGGACUCUGUCCUUACAAAUAAAGAAAAUAUGUCAGGGCUUAGGAACAGUGGUCACCUCAUGUCCUUGAGCAGUGUGUUUGCAUUCAUUCCACCUGGGCAUGGAGGAGGAAUGAAGCAAAUCUAGCUUGAAAAUGUAAUUAUGGAGGUCAUCUGUCAGCAUGGAUGACUGAGUUCUCACAGUUUUCAAGGAUGUUGCAGUACACUGCUCUCUUAUCACUGAAAUCAGUCUUAAAAUAUCACUUUGGUGACUGCUGCUGAGAGUUCUGGGACACCUUUUGUUGGCCAUGGCUCUGAUCCUCUGAACAGUUCUGGAAAGCAGUGGGGUGUUUGUUUCUAAAUUAUGUGUUUGGUAAGGAGCUGCAGCUUCUCGGAGAAAGCCAAUAAAGAAUUGAGUCGGA